AAUCUUAGUUGUCUUUUUAUAUUUUUCUUUCGGGUAUUUUUUAAUUUAUAAUUUGAUUAAAUUGGCAUAUUUAACAACUGUAAUAGGACUGGCAACUCGAAUCCUUCAAUUUCUUGGUAAUUAAACCCUAAUAAUCGCUUUUCCCUCGUAAAUGGAUCGCUUUUCUUGAGUAGCAAUUGUUCGUUUGCGUUUUUGCUGACGGAGGAGGAGGUGAAGGAGAAGAGAUGGCGAGACAAAUGACGUCAUCUCAGUUCCACAAAUCAAAGACUCUCGACAACAAAUAUAUGCUUGGGGAUGAGAUUGGUAAAGGAGCUUAUGGUCGGGUUUAUAUAGGAUUGGACCUGGAAAAUGGAGACUUUGUGGCCAUUAAGCAAGUCUCAUUGGAAAACAUUGUUCAAGAGGAUCUUAACACCAUAAUGAACUUGAACCAUAAAAACAUUGUCAAGUAUCUUGGGUCGUUGAAGACAAAGACUCACCUUCACAUUAUUCUGGAGUACGUUGAGAAUGGCUCUCUUGCAAACAUUAUCAAACCAAAUAAAUUUGGACCUUUUCCAGAAUCGUUGGUCACUGUUUACAUUGCGCAGGGUGUCAUACAUCGUGAUAUCAAAGGUGCAAAUAUUCUGACAACGAAGGAGGGCCUUGUUAAGCUUGCUGACUUUGGAGUUGCCACUAAACUAAACGAGGCUGAUGUUAACACUCACUCAGUGGUUGGAACGCCUUACUGGAUGGCUCCUGAGGUUAUUGAAAUGUCAGGAGUUUGUGCAGCUUCUGACAUUUGGAGUGUUGGAUGCACUGUUAUCGAACUUUUGACAUGCGUACCUCCUUACUAUGAUCUGCAACCCAUGCCUGCUCUCUUUCGUAUUGUUCAGGAUUCCAGGCAGAGGCCUGAUGCGAAGACACUGCUUUCUCACCCUUGGAUAAGGAACUCUAGACGAGCAUUGCAGUCAUCACUUCGGCAUAGUGGCACCAUCAGAUAUAUGAAGGAAGCCUCCCCAAGUUCAGAGAAGGAUGGUGAAGGUAGUCAAGAUGUAGCUGAGAGCUUUUCAGCAGAAAAAGUGGGGAUGUCAAAAACCAACUCGAAAAGCAAAUUACCUGUGGUAGGUGUGGCGAGUUUUAGGUCUGAGAAAGAUCAGUCUUUACCCAGUGAUCUUGGUGAAGAAGGAACGGAUUCCGAAGAUGAUCCGUUGUCUAUCCAUGAUAAGUCUUCUCUUCAGUCCGGUACUUGCAGUAUAUCUUCGGAUGCAAAGGAGACAUCUCAAGAUGGGAAAUCUGAACAUGAUGACAUACCUGGAAAUCUUGAAACGGAAUCUUCUGAAGGUAGAAGAAAUACUUUAGCAACAAAGCAGGUUGGAAAAGAAUGUUCCAACCAAGUGUAUCAGACAUCACAUAGUUUUGGCCAAAAAGGUGAAGAUCGUGGGCUUCGAAAGGCUGUGAAGACUCCAUCUAGUUUUGGUGGGAAUGAACUGACAAGAUUUAGUGAUCCUCCUGGGGAUGCUUCUUUGCAUGAUUUGUUUCAUCCAUUGGAUAAAGUUCAUGAGGGAAAACCAAAUGAAGCCUCAACAUCGACGCCUGCUUCAAAUGUCAAUCAGAGUGAUUCUCCCGUCGCAGAUGGUGGCAAGAAUGAUCUGGCAACAAAAUUGAGGGCUAGAAUUGCUCAGAAGCAAAUGGAGGGUGAAACGGGGCAAUCCAAUGAUGGUGGUGAUCUUUUCCGGUUAAUGAUGGGUGUUUUGAAGGAUGAUGUUAUUGACAUUGAUGGCUUGGUAUUUGAUGAAAAAAUGCCUGCGGAGAAUCUUUUUCCACUGCAGGCAGUCGAGUUUAGCAGAUUGGUGAGCUUCCUAAGGCCAAAUGAAUCAGAAGAUGCAAUAGUAACUUCCUGUCAGAAACUUGUUGUCAUGUUUCGUCAGAGACCUGAGCAGAAAGCAGUAUUUGUGACACAGCAUGGUUUCCUCCCUCUGAUGGAUCUACUCGAUAUUCCUAAAUCACGAAUAAUAUGUGCCGUGAUGCAGCUGAUAAACGAAAUUAUAAAAGAUAACACCGACUUCCAGGAAAAUGCUUGUCUCGUUGGUCUCAUUCCUGUGGUAAUGAGUUUUGCUGGUCCUGAGAGAGAUCGUUCUCGAGAAAUUCGCAAGGAAGCAGCAUACUUCUUGCAGCAGCUUUGUCAGUCUAGCCCCUUGACAUUGCAAAUGUUCAUAGCUUGCCGUGGAAUACCAGUUUUGGUGGGAUUUCUUGAAGCAGAUUAUGCCAAAUACAGGGAGAUGGUUCACUUAGCCAUUGAUGGGAUGUGGCAGGUAUUUAAACUCAAAAGAUCCACCCCGAGAAAUGAUUUCUGCCGAAUAGCUGCAAAGAAUGGAAUUCUUCUUAGGCUGAUCAACACUCUUUAUAGCUUAAAUGAGGCAACUCGACUGACAUCUAUAUCAGGGGGCGUAUUGACUGGGGAUGGUCAAACUCCACGAGCGCGCUCUGGUCAACUUGACCCUAUCAAUCCUAUUUUUAGUCAGCACGAGGCUUCACUCAGUGUGAUGGAUCAUCCUGAUGUGUUGAAAACUAGGCAUGGGGGUGGUGAAGAGCCUUCUCGUGCAUCAACUUCACAUUCUCAAAGAUCAGAUGUCCACCAACCAGAUGCCAUGCACCCAGAUGCUGAUAGGCCUAGAGUAAGCAGUGUUGCACCAGAUGCCACAGAAGAUGUUAGACAACAGCGUAGGAUAUCUUUCUCUGCCAGCAGAACAUCGACAGAUAAGCUUCAGAAUCUGGCGGAGGGUGCGUCUAAUGGUUUCCCCGUUACGACUCAGCCAGAAGAACAAGUACGACCUUUGCUUAGCUUGUUGGAGAAAGAACCCCCUUCAAGACAUUUUUCUGGUCAACUGGAUUACGUUAAGCACAUCACUGGCAUAGAGAGACAUGAAAGUAGAUUUCCUCUUUUGCAUGCAUCAACCGAAAAGAAAGCCAAUGGAGACCUUGGUUUUCUGAUGGCCGAAUUUGCAGAGGUCUCUGGACGUGGAAAGGAAAACGGAAAUCUUGAUACUACCCCUAGAUAUUACACUAAAACGAUGACAAAGAAGGUUAUGGCUAUUGAAGGGGUCGCUGGGAUUGCAUCUCAGACAGCAUCUGGUGUUCUGUCAGGUUCGGGUGUUCUAAAUGCUAGACCUGGAAGUGCCACAUCAUCUGGUUUACUUGCCCAUAUGGUCUCUACGCUGAGUGCAGACGUCGCAAGGGAAUACUUGGAGAAAGUGGCUGAUCUGCUUCUUGAAUUUGCACGAGCUGAUACAACGGUAAAAUCAUACAUGUGCAGCCAAAGCUUACUCAGUCGUCUUUUCCAGAUGUUCAACCGUGUAGAACCUCCUAUUCUGUUGAAGAUACUGCAGUGCACCAAUCAUUUAUCCACUGAUCCAAACUGCUUGGAGAAUCUUCAGCGUGCAGAUGCAAUUAAGCACUUGAUCCCCAACCUUGAGCUUAAGGAUGGGGAUCUUGUUUAUCAGAUUCAUCAUGAGGUACUUAGUGCACUAUUCAACCUGUGCAAGAUAAACAAGAGGAGGCAGGAACAAGCGGCUGAAAAUGGAAUCAUACCGCACCUGAUGCUUUUCGUCAUGUCGGAUUCUCCUCUGAAACAAUAUGCUUUGCCACUACUAUGUGAUAUGGCUCAUGCAUCUCGGAAUUCAAGAGAGCAGUUAAGGGCCCAUGGCGGUCUCGAUGUUUACCUGAGUUUGCUCGAUGACGAAUAUUGGUCCGUGAUAGCCUUAGAUUCUAUUGCUGUUUGCUUGGCGCAAGACAAUGACAACCGCAAGGUGGAGCAGGCAUUGCUCAAGAAAGAUGCAAUUCAGAAAUUAGUCAACUUCUUCCAGAGCUGUCCAGAGAGACAUUUCGUGCACAUACUGGAGCCAUUCUUGAAGAUUAUCACGUAUGUAUCUCUUCUCUUUCCAAAGUGUUCUCACAAUGUCAUGACAAAGAAAUCAUCUCGAAUAAACACGACAUUAGGUGUAAAUGGAUUGACUCCGUUACUUAUUUCAAGACUAGACCACCAAGAUGCGAUUGCUCGACUUAACCUCCUGAAACUCAUAAAGGCUGUUUACGAGCACCAUCAAAGGCCAAAACAGCUGAUCGUAGAGAACGAUCUCCCUCAGAAACUGAAGAAUCUGAUUGAAGAACGGCGUGAUGGACAACGUUCGGGAGGGCAAGUUCUGGUGAAGCAAAUGGCAACUUCUCUCCUCAAAGCACUUCACAUCAACACCAUCUUGUGAGAGUUCAAAACCAACCUCUCCCUUCGGACUGUACAUUUAUUCCCAUUUUUGCAGGAAGAAUUCACCCAAAGUGUAUAUCUUCUUCUUCUUCUUCUUUUUAUAUUUACUAAACUUUUGUAAUUGGUGGGUUGUGUGUGUGGCACUCCUUGUGUUUUUUUUGUCCCUCGAGAGAUGCCAACACUUCUGGUUUUGUAACAUGUUCAUGAGUUUCUCUGCAUUUUUGUUUAUACAUAAUGAAGUUCUUCUAUUCAAGUGAUAUGAUUAAAAUCUACCGUUAAAGAAGGAAAAUACAUGUAUCCAGUUUUUGUUGUUGUUUCUUUCGAAAUAAAGACUUAUUACAGAAAUCGAACACAUUUGUUUCACUCCUAACCAAUAUCAAAUGUCCUAAUUAUAAUUAACAUUACAAUCCCAUUUCCUCGGAAAACGUCCAUAACGUUUUCAAAAAAAAAUUGGUCGAGAAAAAGACUGACUUAGUUCUCUGAGGACAUGUGGAUAAAUAGAGAGAUCAAGUGCAAAGAGGAGAAACAUGUCCUCGAGUGUCCAACCUCACAUUGGAGCAAGAAGCUUUGGAGACAUCUUGUCUAGUUUGGUCGAACAAUCUAACGUUUUGCAUCGAGAUGCCUCGACAUGGGAUGCUCUUGCUGCACUCAAAUUUCACAGCUAUGGGUCUUGAGCUCGUGCCUUGAAUGUUUUUGUACAAUACAUUGCUCACUUGGACCGCCGAUUUCUGCCACGUAUCCCAUCUCAGUUUUAUUACUUAUUAUUAUAAUAACUCUUAAUUGUGUUGAAAAGAUUUGCUAAUUUGGUUCAAACCUGCUCGGGACAUGAUUCAACACGAUCACAAUAGUCCUGAUUGAUGAUUAUUGGGUUUGUAACGUUUUUCAUAAUGAUGUCUUGGAAUAUGAUGUUCUUUGCCACUCCAUGUCCUCCCUGAUCAUGACCCGGCCCGCAUGUAAUGCCCGUCGCUCUCACAUUCUCCGACCCACUCACUAUCGAUAUACAAUCAUCACCAGUACGGAUGAUAGAGUCUUGAAUGAGGAUAUUGCGAGUUCCGGUAACGUGAAGGCCAUCUGUGUUGGGACUGUUGCCCGGAGAUGUGACCAUAAGAUGCAAAGCCUUCACGUUUUCGCAAUCUUGAAACGUCAUAUGCAUUUGCUGUGCGUUUUCCAACCUAAUGUUACUUACCAUCAAGUUAUUGCACCCCACAAACGUAACCGCCGUCGGAGCUCGUAGGCAUGGCUGUUGAGGGUUGAUUUUGCAAGAUUUUGGCCACCACACCUUUCCAUUACCGUCGAUGCGACCGCCACCUUCAACACGAAGGUUAUCCACAGCUUCGAACACAAUCCAGUGCCUACGAUCCCCGUAGGCUGAUGAUUUUUUCCAUGCCUCGAUAUUUCCGUAAAGCUUAAAAACAAUCAGGGAUGAUUCACACGGACCGGAGAAUUUAACCGGUUUAAGCCUGUAAGCUCUAUUUUUCGGAACCACGACGUAAACUGUUCCGGUUGACGAACAAGCUGCUUCCCAAGCUUUCAUGAAUGCCCCAGAAUCGUCGUUUCCGUUGGCUUUAGCACCAAAAUUGUUGACGUUAAAAGCUUUAGGAGGACGUCCAUGGCGAUUCUGCUUGUGACUGUUGCGUGCUCGAGGAGAAGGUGCAGGAGCAUACCCAUGGAGAUUUUGCAUGUGACUGUUGCGUGUAAUGUGGUGGCCAUGUAGAUGAUUCGUUUCAUAAAAAGCAUUGGAAAACAUGAAAGGUUCAUCUCUAUGAUCAAAUGGGUAGCUGCUGAAACAAGAAGGAAUAGACGUUAAGAGAAUUGUCAAUAAGAUUGUAAUCGUUUCUUUCAUUUUGUUGUGUGUGUGAGUGUGUGUGUGGUGGAUUCUCUCAAAGUUAGAUUAAGGUUGGGUUUGACGUAGAAAGAAUGAUGAGGAAAGAAAUGAGUGAUGUGUCAUAGAGAAUGCAAAAGUGCUUAUAUUUAUAGAGAUGAGAGAGAGUGAGACAAAUGAAGUAUUGGUUGAAAACAAUUUAAGAGGAACA